GAGCCAAAACCACCACUCCAAAACCGCUAAAACAGCUAAAAAACUAUCAAUGGCUGCUAAUUUGCGACCUCUGUUCUUAGCAAUAAUAUCCCUGCUGAUGAUUUCAUGCUUGAUCAGGUCCUCAGAAGGCUCCGUAGCUGGGAUCUACUGGGGCCGAAGCUCUCGUGAAGCAAACCUGAGUGAGAUAUGCACCAACAGUACCUACGAAAUCGUGGUUAUCGCCUCCCUUAAAUUUGUCGGUUACCAAGCAGUCUUGGAGUUGGAUCACCAUUGCGACCCAAGCAUCAACGGCAGCUGCGCCUUCCUAGGUGCUCAGAUAGAAUCCUGCCAGAGCAAAGGCAUCAAGGUGUUUGUUUCCCUUGAUGGGAGGCCUGACUUUUGUUCCCGUGAUGUUCAAUAUGUUGCAGAACAUAUCUGGAACAAUUUUUUGGGUGGUCAGUCAGACUCCCGUCCUUUCGGUGAUGCCGUUGUAGAUGGAAUAGACUUUCAUAUUCAAAGCGGAUCAAACAGGUAUUUGGAUGCCCUCGCCGAGACACUCUCGAAGUAUAGCACAGCUGACAAAAAGGUGUACUUAUCUGCAGCACCACGAUGUCGCAUUCCUGACUAUUAUCUUGACAUUGCUAUCAAAAAAGGCCUCUUUGACUACGUGUGGGUGCAAUUUUUCGAGGAACCUUCAUGCGAUUACAGUUCAGGCAACAUCACUAACCUCUCCAUAAGUUGGGAAGAAUGGCAUAGUUAUGUACCCGAUAAUACUGCAUUGUUCCUGGGAUUAACUGGAAUUUCUGGCGUCGAAGGCUACAUCAAAUGUCGCGACCUCAGGAAUGUGGUUAUCCCCUAUGUGGAGCAGUAUUCCAAAUAUGGAGGGCUUAUGGUGCUUGAGGGCACAACCUAUUGCGGUCAUUAUGAUGAAAUAAUCAGGCCUUAUGUUAAACUCUGAUGUUCUGGCUUAUGAUCAAAAGUCCAUGAUAAUAUUCUAAGCCAUCAACUGAGUUCCUCUCGUUGUCUACUGAGAGUUGAAAUGUAGUCCUGGUUGUUUGCCAGAUAUGUAUAAUAAUGGGUUAUGAAAUCCCAAAUUAAAUAAAAUGUUGGAGGAUAAAUAUUGUGUUU